AUGCCACAGGAUUUCAUCCGAGACAGUGCCCGUCGGUUCAUGCUUCGCCCCGACCUGGAGGCUUACACACAAGGCACCGGGUCAAAUGCCCCCAGCCCAGAACAAGGACUCCUAAGUCUGAUCAUGGGACACAUCAACAACCAGGAUGCGGCGUUCCACCGACAGCACCUUCCCCCCGGUUCCAUCCGUGACCUGCUCAUCGGAGACAAUGUUGUUGUACGACUCGUCAAGGGUAUCACCAAGCACGUCCGGAAUAAAGCCCGCAACAUCCUCCUCACGGGGAUCUUACAGCCUGCCGGCCUGAGUGACAAUAACAAAAUACCGAAUAUCCACGAGCUCUCCAGAUUGUUGUGGAAACACCUCACCCGCAAUCCGAGAAGAUUGACCGAGUUGCAAAUUGAUGGUGAGAUUGAUCCGACAUUGAAGGUCCGCUUUGCUUACCUCAGGAUGGCUACUAUCUCCAAUUACAUGGAUCCCAACAUGAGGAAUGUGUCCCAAUGGGAUACGAUUGAUGCGCAAUUGGCCAUGAACCGUCGAGAGCCUGCCAAUUACUCUGCCGCGUGGAGAAAUAUCAUAUCUGAACGUGACCAUGAACUAUUUGCCCAUUCACCCCAUUUCGAGGACUUGGACCUAGACUGUGCAUUGUGCCCUAGUGACGAUGAAAUUCAAGAAGCCUUGGCGCAGAUGGCCUGA